AUUAGCUGUUAGCUGUCAAACUGCUGUAAAUCUCAAUGGGUGAUAGCGUUUCUGGCACUCCCUUUUCCUUGAUUAUUGAUGAAAACGUUUAUCAGUGCACCGAAAGACACUAUAAUAUGAAUUUCCAAUAGGAGUAUUCAGUUUCCUGAUUACCAUGAACUAUUAAUUUACUGUGUUAAAAUCUAGUACGAGAACUGCCGCAGUAAAUAAGAAGCAUGUCAACCAUGUCGAGAUCAGUUCACAUCAGUCAGCAGAAACUGGCUGAGAAGCUCAUCAUACUCAAUGACAGGGGUAUUGGAAUGCUGACCAGGAUCUACAACAUCAAGAAAGCAUGUGGAGAUGCUAAAUCUAAACCAGGUUUCCUGUCUGACAAAGCUUUAGAAUCCUCUAUCAAAAACAUUGUUAGAAGAUUUCCUAACAUCGAUGUAAAAGGCCUUCAGGCUAUCACCAACAUCAGAAAUGAAAUUAUAAAAUCCCUCUCACUGUACUACUACACAUUUGUAGAUCUAUUGGAUUUCAAAGAUAAUGUUUGCGAACUUCUUAAUAUUUUGGACGCAUGUCAGGUCACAUUAGACUUGACUUUAAACUUUGAAUUGACUAAGAAUUAUCUUGAUUUGAUCACCACAUACAUCUCAUUGAUGAUUUUAUUGUCACGAGUAGAAGAUCGUAAAGCAGUAUUGGGUUUGUUUAAUGCUGCACAUGAAAUGGUACACAACCAAAUUGACCAAAGUUUCCCUCGGCUGGGUCAAAUGAUUUUAGAUUAUGAUGUUCCUCUGAAAAAGCUGUCUGAGGAAUUCUUACCACAUCAGAAAGUGUUGUCUAGUGCACUUAAUUCACUCUGGCAAGUGUAUCCUGCCAGGAAUCUAACAGCUGAACACUGGAGGUCUGAACAAAAGUUGAGCUUGGUAAGCAACCCAGCUCAACUGCUGAAGCCUUCAGAGACCAACACCAUGUCAUGUGAAUAUGUCUCAUUGGAGAGUCUGGAGAGAUGGGUCAUAUUUGGGAUGGCUAUUUGCCACCAAAUGCUGCAACAAGAUCAUGCAAACAAGAUGUGGGUCAGUGCCUUAGAGUCUGGUUGGGUAGUAGCACUAUUCCGUGAUGAAGUCAUCUAUAUUCACAGCUACAUCCAGAGCUUCUUUGAUGGCAUAAAAGGAUAUGGUAAAAGAAUAUCUGAAGUAAAGGAUUGUUAUCAUCAUGCAGUCCAAAAGGCUGGCUACAAGCACAGAGAGAGGAGGAAGUUCUUGAGAACAGCUCUGAAGGAACUAGGUCUCAUAUUGACUGACCAACCAGGUUUAUUGGGACCUAAAGCACUGUUAAUUUUCAUUGGGCUUUGCUAUGCAAGAGAUGAAGUGUUUUGGUUAUUGCGACACAACGAAAAUCCUCCACAAAAGGUUAAAGGAAAAGCAGCAGAGGAUUUAGUGGACCGCCAGUUGCCUGAACUGCUGUUCCACAUGGAGGAACUAAGGGCUUUGGUCAGAAAGUACAGCCAAGUUAUGCAGAGAUAUUAUGUACAAUAUCUGUCAGGAUUUGAUGCUAUUGCUCUCAACUUGAUGAUACAGAACUUGCAAGUCAAUCCUGAUGACGAAAAUAUAAUACUUUCCUCUCUAUGCAGCACUGCUGCCAACCUCAGUGUUAAACAAGUUGAAGACAAUGAGCUGUUUGACUUCAGAGCAUUUCGCCUCGAUUGGUUCAGGCUGCAGACAUAUACCUCUGUUGCCAAAUCUGCAUUCAAUCUCGUUGAUCAGAGGGAACUUGCACAGUUUAUUGACAAAAUGGUUUUCCAUACAAAAAUGGUUGACAAUCUUGAUGAAAUUAUGGUGGAAACAUCUGACUUGUCACUCUUUUGUUUUUACAGUAAAAUCUUUGAAAGUCAGUUUCACAUGUGCUUAGAGUUCCCUGCACAAAAUCGUUACAUCAUUGCAUUCCCUCUGAUUUGCAGCCACUUCCAAAACUGUACUCACGAGUUAUGUCCAGAAGAAAGGCAUCAUAUUAGAGAGAGAAGUCUUUCCGUUGUUAAUAUAUUCCUGGAUGAGAUGGCAAAAGAGGCUAAAAAUAUAAUCACAACAAUAUGUGAUGAACAGUGUACAAUGAGUGACAAAUUACUUCCGAAACAUUGUGCGCAAACUAUAGCACAGCUGGCGAACAGGAAGAAGAAGGAUAAGAACAAGAAGAACACAAUACCUAUUGUGCAGCCAGGAGCAGAGAGCUACAGGAAGACCAGGGAAGAUCUCACCACAAUGGACAAACUCCAUAUGGCUUUAACAGAGCUUUGCUAUGCCAUCAACUAUUGUGCCACUGUCAAUGUUUGGGAGUAUACCUUCGCGCCUCGAGAAUAUUUGCACCAGCACUUGGAAACCAGAUUCUCUAAAGCAUUGGUUGGCAUGGUUAUGUUCAAUCAGGAUACAAGUGAAAUCGCAAAGCCCUCUGAGUUGCUAGUCAGUGUUCGCGCCUAUAUGAAUGUUCUACAAACUGUUGAAAAUUAUGUACACAUUGACAUUACCAGAGUCUUCAAUAAUUGCCUUUUGCAACAAACGCAAAACACCGACAGCCAUGGUGAAAAAACAAUAGCGUCUCUUUACACACAGUGGUAUUCCGAAAUUUUACUCAGGAGAGUAAGUGCUGGGAGUAUUUGCUUUUCUAUGAAUCAAAAGGCAUUUGUAAGUUUGACGGCAGAAGGCGCCAUCCCAUUUAAUGCCGAAGAAUAUUCAGACAUAAACGAGCUCCGAGCUUUAGCGGAACUUAUUGGGCCGUAUGGCAUGAAGCUACUUAGUGAAACACUAAUGUGGCAUAUUGCAAGUCAAGUCCAAGAACUUAAAAAGCUAGUAGUACAAAACAAGGAAGUUCUUCAGAUGCUCAGAACAAACUUUGAUAAACCUGAAAUAAUGAGAGAACAGUUUAAACGGCUGCAACAUGUGGACAAUGUAUUGCAAAGGAUGACAAUAAUCGGGGUAAUUUUGAGCUUCAGACAGAUCGCCCAGGAGUCUCUUUUGGACGUUUUGGAGCGUCGCAUUCCUUUCUUGAUUAGCUCAAUUAAGGAUUUCCAACAGCAAUUGCCCAGUGGCGAUCCGAUGCGUGUCAUAUCAGAAAUGUGUUCGGCGGCUGGGUUGGCUUGCAAGGUCGAUCCCACGUUGGCAUCAGCUCUGCGCCAAAAUAAAACAGACGCUGAAGAGGAAGAGCAUCUCAUUGUAUGCCUGUUGAUGGUAUUCGUAGCCGUCUCCUUGCCAAGACUCGCUCGCAGUGAAGGCUCGUUUUACAGGCCUUCCUUGGAAGGUCACGCAAAUAACAUUCAUUGCAUGGCCCCUGCAAUUAAUCACAUAUUCGGAGCGCUGUUCACAAUCUGUGGUCAGGGGGAUAUAGAAGAUCGUAUGAAGGAGUUUUUGGCUUUGGCGUCUUCAUCUCUGCUUCGACUUGGCCAGGAGACUGACAAGGAAGCUAUAAAGAACAGAGAGUCAGUUUACCUGCUGCUCGACCUGAUCGUUCAGGAGUCUCCAUUCCUUACGAUGGACUUGUUAGAAUCUUGUUUCCCAUAUGUUCUAAUACGUAAUGCUUAUCAUGAAGUAUACAAACAGGAACAAAUGGCAUUGCAUUUAUAAUGAUUUUGUUAAAAUGACGACAGACAGAUCGCGUUUGAAAAGUUAGCAGUACGUUUGAAUAAUGAUAUGUCAUUCUAUAGACAAAUUCCAAUAUUACGAGUAUUAUUAAAAUACAAUUUAAUGUUCAUUAUAAAGAUGGUCAGACAUUUCGUAUAAUAUGUUUAUUUAUGUAAACUUACAUGAAAACAUUUAAGUUAUUACCCGAAAUAUUUGGCUUUAAUGAGACUGGCGUACUAUUCCCCUCUUUAUCUAAUGGAAUAUAAUUGGUUAGUUUUAAGCCUUUUAGUCUAAAUGAUUUAUUAUUAUAAAGAAUAUUUACGUUAGUUAAGGGAAACAUUACAGUUCAAUUAGCAGUGGUCAAAGAUUAAUCACCUUCAAUUAACCUAUUGUAAUACAUAAAGAAAUGCAGUUUGUCAAGUAACACUGAAUUAUGUAGCUACAACUCACAAAGAUACAUUAGAGAAUACGUUUAGGUAAUUAGUUGUAUAAUUGCCUCGAUGCUUUUAUAUGUUAUAUUUAUAGUUUUAGAUGUUACACAAUUUUAUCAUAUUUAAUGAACUCUCACUAUAAGUACAUUUGGGGACACCCGCCUAAACACUCAAAAAUAAUCCGAUAUGUUCUUAUAUGCACCUGAUGCUAUCACUCUUUUCAAUGAUAUUCCUUAUUCCACUAUUUUAAUGUAACAGACAUCUAAGUAUUUUAGCUUUAUAAUGUGAUUAUUUGGCUAUCCACCUAUUUUAUUCUAGAUAAAAGACAAUUUUAUAUCUAAGUUAGCUGUUACUAUCUAAAAUGAAAAAUCUAAACUUAAUUGGUUUUCUUUACCAUUUAAAUUAAUCAACAUAGAAGUUUGUGCAAAACUGUAAUUUUGCACAGUACUCAGAUGACUCAAUAUAGGAAAUCCGCAGUUGAUAACUUUAUAAUAUGCCUGUAUGAGUAAUAAUAAUUAUGUAUUUACGUAUUUUGAUUAAGGAACGGCACACUAUACAUAUAUUUAGUUCAAUGCCUAGUUUGACUUCCAUAAACUUGGGUCUACAACUUUGCGUUUAUAAGAUUAAAAUGGAUUGACUUCUCAUACCUUAUAAAAGUAUAUAUUAGUAUAUUUGUACACUUCUGUUUAUUGUCUAGCUUAUAAUUAUGAUACUUUUGUACCUUGUAUAUACAGAUAUAUCCUUUAUUAAACUAUUAAAUAAUA